UCACUUUCAAGGGGCCAAAAUUACAAUUUUUUCGUGAAAAUGCGUGCCACAAAGGCCUAAACAAAAUAGGAAAACACCGCGAAAAACACCCAAAUUUGCAGUGCCGAUCCCGUUGAUUGUUCGCCCCGGAAAACUAAGAAAUUAGGUGCAGAUCUAAAGGAAAAAGGAGAGCACUGCAAAGGAAAAGCAACAACAACAACGACUCGCCAUGGGCAGCAGAACUGAAAAUGUACACUUGACAUAAACUGUGAUUAUGAGUUCCACAAAAUCUCAAGUAGCCCUAGCUACGAAUAUUCCAACCAAUUUAUCCUCUGCCGCUUCUGCCUCAACAGCGGCCGCUGCGGCCGCCGUUGUUGUUGUUGCCAGUGCCAACGCCGCCGUUGCCUCAAACACUAACUCAUCCGGAGUGGGUUCAGGACCAGGAGCAGGAACAGGAACAGGAGUAACAGGAUCAGUAGCUACCGGAUCAACAACAGGAUCAACAACAGUCGUCACAUCAGCAACAUCCGCACCAACAACAUCCUCCAAUUCCGUUGCAACAAUCUCAAGCAACUGCAGCAGCAGCAACAUCAACAACAACUGCGGCGAAGAGUGCCAGACGGUGGUCGGAUCCAGUGGAUCCUCCAACUUGGGACGCCAGAACAGCUUUGGCAAUAGACGAGGCAACAUGAAGGGCAAACAUCUGACGCGCAGCCAUGCGAUGCGUGAGUCCACUUCGCCACCUCGCACGCCAACGCCGCGGGCUGCCUCUGAACAGCAGCAGCUCCAGGGGGAAUCCCACGAGCACAACAACAAUAAUAACAAUAAUAUCAACAGCAAAGCACAAUCAACUGGAAGGGGCAACUCGCCGUUGAUGGAGACACCAGCCGUGAUUGUCACUAGUCAGCAACCGCAGCAGCAGCAACAGCAGCAGCAACAGCAGCAGCAACAGCAACAGCAGCAUGUGCCUCCGAAGCCUCAGCAGAACGUGCCACUCAGCAAUGAGGCGGAGUUCCCGAAGCUAUCGCCACCAAAGAAGUCCGGUGGUCAGCACAACCGCACCAACAGCAAUGGCAGCAGUAUGGAGUACAAUAACAACAGCAGCAACAAGAAGUUUGUGGUUGAUCUAAAGGCCAAUGGUUUGGACAACAACAACAAGCAACAUAACAACUCCAAUACGGGUGUACUCUACAACUCCGGGAUGAACUACAAGGCGGCGGAGCGACAUGAUCGCCACGAGCGUCAUGAGAUGUCCAGCCAGAACAGCAAUCUGAGCAACAACCAUGAUGAGGAGCCGUAUCAUUAUGAGCCCAGAGGUGGAGGCGGUGGCAAGAAGCAUCGUCCCAACACCAAUGCCAAAGGUAAUAAACCACGGUUGAAGAAUCUCGGUGGCAGCUCAUCUGGCAGCAUUGAUUUAGGAGGCGGCGGCGGCAACGGAAAUGGUAACAUGUCCAACAAUGGCAUGUCCAACAACUCGAGCAACAACACCUCGGGCUUCAUAUCGCGCGUCUUUCAUCAAUCAGAGAACUCGAGUGAGCAGUACACGGACUAUGGCGGCACCGAUCUGCUGGUCUUCUUCCGGGACACGCUCAACAAGAACCCCAAGGAUCGCAAUAUCCUACUGAAGAUCGAGAAGGAUCUAAUGGAGUUCGUCCAGGAAAAUAGUCGCGGUUGUGAGUAUCGUUUUCCUCCAGCUUCCUCCUACAAUCGCAUGCUAAUCCAUCGCACGGCCGCCUUCUUUGGCAUGGAGCACAACGUGGACACAGAGACGCAGCAGUGUGUGAUUGUGGCCGUGGCCAAGAACACGCGUAUACCGGAGAUCCGCUUCCAGUCGCUGGUGCGCGACGAUGCACGCAAGUCAAUUCUGAAGCGGGACACGCACAGCUUCGACGAGGUGCGCCAGUCACCGUAUUUGUGCCCCCUCUCCCUGGACCGGAAGGCCAAGAGCUUUGAGGAGCGUGAGGAGGACUAUGAUCGGGCGCGCAGCCGUAUCUUUAGCCGAACGGGUGGCAAUCAUGAGGGAUAUUCCGGUGGUGGUGAGGAGGAGUGCUAUGGCGGCUGGGAGCAGCAGCAACAGCAGCAGAAGCAAUCUCAGCCCCCCAGACCUAAGAGGCCCAAUGGAAAGAUGCUGCAGAUGCAGAACUCCACGGAAUCACGUGAUGGCAUGCGAUCCGGAGGAGCCGUGCCCAAGUCUCACAACUUUGGCAACUACGGCGGACCGCCUAGUUCAGGCGGACCUGGCAACAACUCCUUGCCACGAGGCGACUCAACUAACUCGAUCAAAAGUGGACGCGGCGGUUUCGUGAAGCAGGAUUCGACUGGCAGCACUCCGUGGCGACUGUCUCCUUCCAGCAGUGGCUAUAAGACACGCACCCAAUCCGUGCGCUCCGACUCCGUAACGCCAUCGCCGACGGGUUACGGCAGCGACAGGCAGACGCCGGAGUUAAACCACGCACCCAUGGUGGGUGCCCACAGCCGGGUGGCAUCAACCAUGACAUCGUGUGGUGUUGUCUGCGGUACAGGAUCAGGAGCAGUCAACACAUCUCCCGUGGAAAUGGGCAACGAAGCCAUCGGGGCUGAUCCAUCGUCCACGACCAAUUGCUCGUCGGGAACGUCGGGACUCGUCUGGGCCGUCACAGACAUUUCGAAUGUGCCAAUUGGCAGCCUCCUCAUUGAUCCGCAAACCCUCCAACCAAUUGUCAAUGCAGACGGUUCCAUCUACCAUUACGACCCGUCCAAUCUGCCGCCCAACCAGGCGCUUCAGCACACGGGCAAUCAGUAUCAGUCGCAGAACCAAGGCAACUCCUCCGGUGGCUACAACAACUAUCGCAAAUCGUCGCCACACCAGCAACAGCAGCAGCAGCAACAGUCCCAGCAGCAACAUCAGCAGCCGCAGCAGCAACAUCAGCAGCAACCAAACCAGCAAUAUGCCACCACUGAGCUGUCCUGCAGCUCCACCGAAAGUUAUGCCGAGGAGGAAGCACAGUCGCCAGGAAUUGAAUGUUCCGAGGGAUACGAGAGCUACGAGCAGCAAUCGUUGCCUGUCCAGCAGCAACUUUCGGGCAACGGGGAUACAUCCAGCAUUAAAGGCGACGAUUGUGAUAGCCUGACCAGUGCCACCGCCUGUCUGAGCAUCACCACAUCCACCUCAACGAAGAACUACGAUCGCAUCGAGGUUCAGAAGUACAAAAAUCAGGCAACCAGUCCGAAUAUACCCGCCUGUUGUGCCGUCGUUGAGAAGCUGGAAUUGGAGACUGCAGUGCAACAGGAGCAGGAACAGGAACCAAUGGCUGGACCCUCAUCUUCCGGUUCAGCUACCUCUUCUGUGGGCAUCACUGAACUCCCGUCUAGCCAGACACCGCUCCCGAUGGCUACGCAGGUGAACUGUGACCUACAAUCGGUCUCGCCCAGCUCCACGCCCUACAGCCAGUGUGAGGUGAAGACACCUAGCCAGAGUCAUGCGCCCAGUGCCGCCGUCGAAGAGCCCAAGACCACCACCUGGACGUACACACAGAGCUACCAGGCGCCAGACGGAUCCACUGUCUUUCACACCACCACUACGCCCAACGGGGCAGCGCCCUACUGCGCCACCACAUAUCAGCAGGGGCCCGAUGGCAGUAUCUAUGCGGUGCCGCAAGGUAUGGUUUACGCUGCCUAUCCGCAACCCGGUGUAGGCACAGCCGGCGGUGCCUCGCAGCCGCUCUUCCAACUGACCACCAGCAGUCAUCCGCCCGGUCAGACUCUCUUUGCCUCCCCUGAGGCAGGCGGAGAGAUACCCGGCGGUACCUACAUGAUACCUGUCUUCGAUCCCGCUCAGCAGCCGCGCGAGGGACUUAUCCCGGCGCAGGCCAUCUACCAGGCGGGACCUGGCGGACCAGGAGCCACCACAGUGAUGCCAAUGGCGGCGGCGGCUGCCUAUCCAACGGCGCAGUUUGCUACGGCAGCGGCUCCCAAUGGUGGGCCCAUCUACCAGGCGCCGCUCAUUUACUCCAGCGAACCGGGCGGUGCAGCUCAGCUGCAACAGCUUCCGAUGGCUCCGUAUCCGAUUCAAUACUCCUACCCGUACUACCAGCCCAUCUCGUACUACGUGCCCCAGCAGGCGGUGGCCGCAGCGCCCCUAGUGGCCUCUCAGCCACCAGUGGGACAGGCUCCGAUGCAACAACAGGCGGCGCAUACGGGAUCUGGGACGGCCACUGGUCCACCCACGGUUGUUUCAGUUUCAGGCCAACAGCACCACCAGUCACAUGCGCAGCACCACCAUCAGCAGCAGCACUCGAGCAACGGAUCAGUGGUGACCUCCAGUGGCUAUGGCACUCGAGUGAAGCGCACACCAGGCGGUGGCUCCAUCCACUACAAUGCCAACUACACACCGAAUUCGGUGACUCAUGCCGGUGGUGGCCAUCAUCCGUCGGCAGGUUCUGCCCAGAUCAUUGCUGCGCCGGCGGCCAGCACAACCACAUAUCAUGCGCUGCCCACACUGACGCUGGCCCACGGUGGUGCAGCGGCUGGCACGGAUCUCAGUGGUGCGGCUGGUGCCCAUGUGUACGCUCUGCCCGCUCAACAUGCCACCGCGCUGAUCCCAACGAAUAUCUUCCCCUACGCAGCGGCGGCGGCAGCAGCGGCCGGAGGACCAGGAGGUCCUCCAACAGCUCCUCAGGUGGUGCAACAGGCGCCCCCACCACCACCACAGAGUGCUCCCCAUCAUGCUCUUAUCUCAGCGGGUCCUUUUUACCCUGCCAACGGUGGUAACAUGGAUCCAGGGGCUUCGCAAUCAGCUCCUAGCACUCCAGCGGCUCCUGGUAGGCAGGCUCCGCUGUUCAGCACUCCGCCGGCUCCAAACAAUGGAAGCAGUGGCAGCAGCAGUGCGGGUGGAGGCGGCAACAGCGGGGGCUAUCACAGCAACAGCUCCACGCCGCACUACUACCAGAGCCAGAACAGCAACGAGGGCUACACAUCGCCUUACGAGAAGAGGAACCACGGAGGUGGUGCCUCAGGAGCACAUACAGUUGGAGUGCGCAAGCCAUACCAUCCAGGUGGUUACAAUCCGAGGCAUUCGGUUCCCCUGGGUAGCAUCCCCUCAGGAGCAAAGACUCCACUGCUGAACUCAAACAAUGAACCUACGCCGCGUGCCUCUCCAAGCAGCGUUAGUUUGGGUGGUGCCUCCUCAUCUGGCGGGACCACUACCUACCAGCAUCGCGGGCCACCACCCCAUACGAUGGGAGUGAAACGGGAUAACAAGCCCAAUCAGCUGCCAUUGAUCAGUGGACCACCGCCCAGUUAUGCAACCAACUCGAGUCCCGGAGUCACCAGCUACGAGGCUAAGCCGCCUGUACGGCUGAAUGCUGGAGCCGCCAGUUUCCGGAGUCAGAAGUCGAUGAACCAGGAUUACCGCCGCAGUGUUUCUCAAAGGAACUCGCCUAGCGCCAAUGGUGGAGGAAAUGGUAGCCACGAGAGCAGCAACAACUCGCCCAACAGUAUUGUGGGCAGCCAGAGCAACAGUGCUGCCAACACGCCCAAUGCAGCGGCACCGCCACCUCAACCACAGCCCACGCUAGUAAGUCACACUGGAGGAUUUGUGGUGCUUGACCAGACCACCGGAGCUGCCAUGAAUGCCUCGCCGCCUUCGCUUUAUGGCGGUGGUGGAGGCGCUCCGACUGCAGGAAUAAGCGGAGGAGCAAGUGGCACUGCGGGAGGGGCCGGCUCAAAUGGUGGCCAUCAGCCUGGCGGUGGCGGUGGCGCCCGCUCGCACAUUCCCACUGCCCAGCUGCACCACAGUGCCGCCGCUGCCGCUGCCGCAGCUGCUGGCAGCCAACAGGCCACGGCGGCGGUGCUAAGCGGCGUGGCCGCUGCGGCCGCCCUUGGUGGCUACAAUCCAAAUGGGACGUCCGGUGUGUACUUCAAGUAUGGCCAGACGUACUUUGCCCAUCCCUCGGUGGCCUUGCCCAACAGUCGGCGCUCGCCGUCAAACGAUAUCCGGCCGCAAAUGGCGCAGGUGGCCGGCAUGUAUCCCACUAUGAUGAUACAAGCGCGUCAUCCCAGUCGCCAUCCGAACCCGAACUACAAAGGUUCGCGUCCGCGGUAAAGCCAGCCGAAAAACCAAUAUAGGAAACCCAAGCAAAACAAAAACUACAUACACAUAACGGCAUACCUAAGAUAAAUAUAAAUAGCAACCUAAUCUAGUGGAACAUAAAGUAGUUGACAACCAUAAUACCAGAUACCAGAUGAAGUGGACCGGAUAAACGGAUGGAAAUGGAAAUGGAAGAGCAGCGCAGGAGGAGAAUAUAACUCGUCGAGUGCUGGUCGCAGAGUUGUCGGGCAUAAAUGGUAGCAGCUGGAGAGGAAGGGGGCGUGGCAGGGACUCAGUCACCAAGUCACCAGGUCACCAUGUCACCAGAAAACAAACCAAACUAUCCACACACACAUAAACACACUCACAGAGAAACAAUAAACACCAGAUGAGAGCCGGGGAGCGAAACAGAGCGAAGCCAUCACUGUUAUCUUCCGCAGCAAGCGAAGGGAAUGGGGGAAACCGACAAAGCAUAGCAUAUAGCCUCUAUAUAGUUAAGGAGUAUUGUACGGAUAUAGCUGCAAUAACUGAACCGCUACAGAAAAGAAAGAAAGAAUUGAAUGCUGUAUAUUUUGUGCCAUUACAAAUAGUUUUUAAAUAAAACAACAAAAUCGAGUA